AUGCAACUGCAGAUAGCUGCUAGAAAGCAAGCGCUGAAGGAAAAUGAGGUGCACACACCAACGUUUUCUGCGCCAACUUUCUCUGUGCAUGAUUCUGUUCCCAGAUUGACUGGGGUAAUCGGUCCACCCUCUCCCACUGUUCCGAGCAGUGUGGAGGGUAAGUUGAGUCGCAAGUGGGACAUUUCCUUCACACGAAAAGAAGAAGAUGCACAGAAGUUAGAUGAGCACGAUAUAGCAGCCGUUCUUCGGCCGAGGGCCCCCUCUAUCGACGAACAUGCCCGCCUCGCCAAACUUGUCGUUAAGUUAUGCUCGAAAAGAAACAGAGACCUGCGAAGGAAGAUUAGCAAGAAUAUUGAACAGUCCCCGCCCUCUACAAUCGAGUCUGCCUCAGCAAAGCGAUCGGUCGAAGAGCGUCUCCAGCGUCAACUUGACAGAUACCAGCGGGUCCUACUAUCUAAAAGAAACGCUGGGGCAGACGAGCUAGACACAGAGUUGAUUCGCAACGCAAGGAACGUCUUCUCCUAUGUUCAUCUGCGCGAUCGGGUGAGGGCCGACACGCACAGAGACCUCAGUGAAAGCGGAGAUGACCUAUGGGACUGUGAAGACUAA